GAAGGAGUAAAUCAGACACUCAAAUUAAAAAACAUCGAACCAUACUGUUCGCGCUGUGGGUUACCCGAGAUAUACGUAUUCUUGUCGGACUCAACCGAUAAAUUAUGUCGGUUUUAGGCACAUGCGAACAUUUGAGAAGUGUGCCACGUACCAAUUCGCUCUCUACAAAACACAAAAAGUGGCCACAUUUCUUGUGCCUUGCAAAUCACAAUUCAUUUCUCUCUUUUGGGUUCCCAAAUUCAAGUAAAAUUAGGGCUUUUCUCUCUACUGAAAUAAUUUCUUACCAAAUGGAGUUCACAAAGGAAUCAGAGAGUUUACUCGACAAAAUCCAACCACCGCGUCUCGAAGAUGCAGGCCUCGAAGAUUGUGCACUUCCACCUGAAUCAAUCAAAGAAGCAUUUCUCAAAGCCGCCACCGCCGUACGAUCAAUAAUCUCAGCAUCGGACGAUGAAGACGAAUCGCAAGGCCAGUGUGUGAAAGCUCCAUCGCCGAACGACGAUUUCGCUAAGGAUGCUCUUAUAGGUAUUACGGAGGGUAUUACCGACAUUCCAGGAAAAUGUACUACGGAGAAAGGCGGUGGAGGCGAAGUGCCGGAAGGGAUAAUCGAUGUGGUGGAUGUAGAAGGUGGUAGUAAGGAUUCUGAUGACCGCGGAGACUUGGUGGAUGGAUUAUCUCUGCCGGAAGGCGGUGAAUCUUGUGUGGAUGGGUUGCAGGGUUUGGAGAUUGGAGAAAAAGGGGGGAAAAUUAAGAAAAAGGAAGGGAAGGAGGAAGACGAAGAAGCAAGUGAUGAGAAGCCAACUCUAGUUGAAGGUUUUGUAUGAACGAACAUAUAAUAAUAGUAACUUCUGUAACUUUGGUUGAAUAAUAUUGUACUAGUAUUAGACAUGUACUAAAAAGAUUUGUGUUUUAUGUUGUUUUUA